AACAUUCUUGUGUUUAACAUAGCGCACAUAAGAUUUAAGAAUGUAACUAAAUAAGUUUUUACAAAGAAACAAUAUAUUAAAUAUAUUUAAUAUACUUAUUAAUUUUGCAAGAUUUAAAUAAAAAUUAAUAAAAAGAAAAUAAUAAAUAAGAAUAAAAUGCAUUUAAUUUAUUUUAAUGAAAUUAAAUAUUUCGUGUAAAGAUAAAUAUGAAGAUAAUGUAAAACUUAAGUAUACAUCAUUUUUCUGUGUGUUCAGAUAAAAAGGUCGUUGUCAUAAGAUAUCUUUUUAUAUAAGUGUAUAUAAAGUGUUAUAAUAUAAAAUAAAUUUAAUAUGCGUUUAGUAAUUUGUGAUACAGUGGAUUAUGUAGCAGAAUGGUCUGCUAAAUAUGUUUUAAAAAGAAUUAAUGAUUUUCAACCAAAUGAAAAUAAAUAUUUUAUUCUUGGUCUCCCAACAGGUGGUACACCUUUGGGAAUGUAUAGAAAACUUAUAGAAUAUUAUAAAGCAGGAAAAAUUUCCUUCAAGUAUGUAAAAACUUUUAAUAUGGAUGAAUAUGUUGAUUUACCCAGAGAUCAUCCAGAAUCUUAUCAUUAUUAUAUGUAUAAUAAUUUCUUUAAGCACAUAGAUAUAGAUCCACAAAAUGUGCAUAUUCUUGAUGGUAAUGCACCUGAUCUUAUAAAGGAAUGUGAUGAUUUUGAAAACAAAAUUAAAGAAGCUGGUGGUAUUGAAUUAUUUAUUGGUGGUAUUGGUCCAGAUGGUCACAUAGCUUUCAAUGAACCAGGUUCUUCCUUAGCAUCACGUACAAGAGUAAAGACAUUGGCGCAAGAUACAUUAGAAGCUAAUGCAAGAUUUUUUGGAAAUGAUAUUUCCAAAGUACCAAAUCAAGCAUUGACUGUUGGUGUUGGCACAGUGAUGGAUGCUAAAGAAGUAAUGAUUCUCAUCACAGGUUCUCAUAAAGCAUUUGCUCUUUAUAAGGCAAUAGAAGAAGGUAUUAACCAUAUGUGGACUGUAUCAGCUUUUCAACAACAUCCUCGUACAAUAAUUGUUUGUGAUGAAGAUGCAACUUUAGAAUUACGUGUGAAGACAGUAAAAUAUUUUAAGGGUCUCAGUGCUAUACAUCAAAAAUUGAUUGAGGAAGAUGGAAAUACGAUUCUUCGUCGUUCAGUACAAUAAAAAGAAAUGAAUUUAUGGAAUUUGUAAUUUAUGAGAUUCAUAAUAUAUAAUUCAUAAUUAACAAAUUUGAAAAACCAAUUUAAAAUAUAAAAUUUUAUCGUUUUAUGUAUAUAUAUAUAAAACGUGUGGAUAUAUAUAUAUAUAAAGUCUUAUAUAAAAAAUGACUUAAAAUUAAUGGAUCUGACAAAUUCCUUAUUACAUAUAUCAUGUGGAAAAGAUCAUAUUGGAUAUGAAAAUUUUAUAUAAUACAUACAUACAAACACACACACACACACACAUAUAUUUCAAUAAAACAUGAAUUUUAAAUUUAAAACAUAAUAUUGUUAUUGUUUCAUAUUUUUGUAUCAUUAUAUUUUUUCAUAAAUAAAUUUAUCCUUUUUAUCAUA